CGGGAGCGUUCGAUUUGAGACGUCUCCGUCUGUUCUCAGACAUUACACUGACUCUCACAGUAGAAGUCGAGUUUAGUGGAUAUGAACCACAGAAGGAUGAAGAUGAUGAACUCGUCUGCUGUGUCUCACUUCACUCUGUCUGCCUACAUGGACACUGGACCCUGGAGAUAUUUCUUCUUCCUGAUUGUUCUGUGUUUGUACGUGUUGAUCGUUCUUUCCAACGUGUUGCUGGUUGUGGUGAUCUGUGUGAACAGAAGUCUUCAUGAACCCAUGUACCUGUUUCUGUGCAGCCUGUUUGUUAAUGAACUGUAUGGUAGUACAGGCUUGUUCCCCUUCCUGCUGCUUCACAUCCUGUCGGACUCUCACACCGUCACUGCUCCGCUCUGCUUCCUGCAGAUCUUUCAUAUUUAUUCUUAUGCAAAUGUAGAGUGUUGUAAUUUAGCUGUCAUGUGUUACGACCGGUACGUCGCUAUCUGUUGUCCUCUGCAGUAUAACACACGUAUGAGCUCCAACACGGUCGCCAAGCUUAUUGCUCUAAUAUGGUUAUUCCCGCUUAUUGAAGUUGCUGUCAUGAUUUCUUUGAGUGCACCUCUGCAGCUGUGUGGAAACAUCAUUGACAAAAUUUACUGUGAUAAUUACUCUGUGGUCAAACUGGCCUGUUCUGACACGUCAGUCAACAACAUCUACGGACUCAUCUACACAGUUAUUGCAAUAUUUGGUUUCUUAACGUCAAUCUUUUAUUCCUACUUGAGGAUUUUAAAAGUUUGUUUCUCUGUUUCUAAACAGAUGAGACAAAAAGCCAUCAGUACCUGUACACCUCACCUGGCGUCUUUGUUGAACUUCUGCUUUGGUAGUUUCUUUGAGAUCGUUCAGAGCAGGUUCAGUAUGAGGCGUGUUCCUAAUAUGCUGCGUAUUUUUCUGUCCCUGUACUUUUUGACGUGUCAGCCGCUUUUCAACCCGGUUCUGUACGGACUCAACAUGUCCAAGAUACGUAUAUUAUGUAAAAGUCUCAUCUUUGGUAAAAUGUAAACUUCAGUCAGGUCGGUUUUUAAGCCUCAAUUAAUGAAAUAUCUGAAAAGACGGAAGCUUUGACCAGAGUUGUUUUCAUGAAAUGUGAAUAUUAUUACCAGCAACUUUUGAAUCUUUACACAGAGAUGUGGUGAUAAUAUUAUAUUAAUAAAACACAUUCUGCUGCCUAACAUGUUGUUAUCAAACCGUUAUGACAAAUGGAAUGAGGCUCAAUAUUUUAGAGUUGAACCAAUCGUUAUAAUAAAUAAUAUAAUAAUAAUAGUAAAUGUUA